AAAAAUGGGCGCUGAGUUUCAUCUGGUCUUCUAACACAAAUGCAUACUCGUAGAAUAUAGAAGAAAAUUACUGUAUACAUAUAAUCCAGAAAUAUGCUAAAGUCUUUUGCUGCGCUUUCUCCUCCCCUCUCCGUAUCUAGUGUUGUAAGAAAAAUGAGUUCUUCACCAACACCACCAAAAAUUCCCAAAUUUAUUUCAGUUGAAGCCGCUGAUAUACAUUCCAGAACUAAACCUGAUGGUUUCAGAUUCAGCCUUGUCUCCUAUAACAUUUUGGCUCAGGCUUAUGUGAAGAGCAUUAUUUUCCCAUACUCUCCUCGUUCGUCUCUCAAAUGGAAUCAUCGUUCGAACUCGAUUAUAGACGUUCUUAAGAAUUUGGGAGCUGAUUUUUUCUGCCUGCAGGAACUUGAUGAGUUUGAUAGCUUUUACAAAGGAAAGAUGCAGGAGUUGGGAUAUUCUUCAAUUUAUAUGAAGAGGAGUGGAGAGAAAAAGCGUGAUGGAUGUGGGAUAUUUUACAAGGAUGAACUUGCAGAGUUGGUCUUGGAGGAAAAAAUUGAAUACAAUGAUCUUGUAAAGACAAUUCCAGAUGGGAACUCUUCAAAUGACGACGAACACAACAAUGUCCAAACAAACCAGCUAGAUAAACAAAAGGAUGUUGCGACCAAUACUGGACCUAAAUCGGGUACAGAAGAUCGUGGAGAUCCGAAUGAUCCUCGUGUGAGACUAAAGCGUGAUUGUGUUGGAAUUCUGGCUGCAUUCAAAUUCAAAGGUCCCCCUCAUCAAUUUCUUAUUGUCGCCAACACACAUAUUUAUUGGGAUCCUGAGUGGGCUGAUGUCAAACUUGCACAAGCUAAAUAUCUUCUAUCUCGCCUGUCACAGUUUAAAACACUGAUAUCUCAUAGAUUUGAAUGCACACCUGAAGUGAUUGUGGCCGGUGACUUCAACUCUCAGCCAGGAGAUCCGGUUUAUCAGUAUCUCAUAUCAGGCAACCCUUCAUCAGAACUGAUAACUGACUGUAUAGAGGAGCUUCCCAUUCCUCUGAGUAGUGUCUAUGCUUCUACUAGAGGAGAGCCACCAUUUACAAACUUUACACCUGGCUUCACCGGAACACUCGAUUAUAUAUUAUGUUGCCCCUCUGACUACAUGAAACCAAUUAGCUAUCUUGAGCUUCCAGACUCGGAAGCAGCAGAUAUUGCUGGUGGACUGCCAAACUUGAGUCAUCCAAGUGAUCAUCUACCAAUUGGUGCUGAAUUCGAAAUAGUGAAGGAAUAAAUACUGUAUGGCAAGUGCUAUUUGAGCUCAGUUUUUCAUGCUCUAUGUCAUUUCUGCUUAGUCAAUCUUGAAAUAAGAUGAGAACAAGCCUAAGUGAUUAAAUGCACAAUAAGUAUUAUCAUGAUCAUGAACUCAAUACAGCCACAUGCCUAGAAGGAAAGUAUCGCCAAAAUGCAAACAGUGUAGGAUAUUUUUUAUCCAUGACAAAAAUUUCAUAGGUUGGACUUCUUACCUUCGAUAAAUUUGUAGUUUUGAAGAAAGAAAGCGAUUUUAAUAUCAAAUUUGACAGUUUGAAAUUUUUGUUUUCCUCUGAUUUAUGUAAAGUUAUCUCAUUGAUUUUAGACAAUAAACUUGAAAUUGACAGUUUGAAA